UCACUUGAAAAAGAUAAGGAAAGAAGGAAGAAGGAGAAAGGAGUAGAAGGAAGAAAUAUCAAGGGAGACCCACACCCACCCACACUCUUGACAUUAUUGAGAUUCUUGCUAAUAGGCAAUCUUCUGUACGUCCCAUUAAAGGAGAUGAAGAUUCGUUACAUAAUUCUGUGGAAGAGGGUGCAGAAGCUUAAGAUUAAAUAUGCUAACCUCACAGCAAAUAUUGCCAGGCUUCGGAGAGAAUGUAUGGAUUCAGAUGAAAGGAUUAAGGGGCUGAGAAAGAUCGUAGAGGCUCUGAGGAAAGAAGCACAGUUUAAAGACGAGGUCAGUAAGGCGCAACGGGAAGAAUUAAAGCGCCUUAGGGCAAGAAAUGGUCGUUAUGGUAGACGUUCCUCCCUUUGAGCAACCUUUCAAUGGACAAAAUUGCUCCAACUUGAUGAACAUCAAUUAGCAGAAGUAGCUCAUAAUAGCAGUAGUAAUUUAAUUAUGAGUUUGUGUGUGGUGAGACUUGUGAAGGGUACAUUAUUAUGCAUUUUAGUGAUGUUUAUUUUCUCUAAUUCUGGAUUGGAAGCACAACCUUUGAAAUUUAUGUUUUAUAGCUUUUUGGAUGAAUGAAAGUAACAUUUCUUUUGAAGAUAA